AUGAGGAGGGGCUCGCUGAGUGCGGGCGGGACGCGCUCCUCCGCGUGGCCCAGGGGAACUGCAGAGAGGACACAACUGCUGAGGUCCUUUAACACCAUUUCCCAGGCUGCUCAGCUGUUGUGGGUGCAAGAGAUCAAAACAAAAACUAGACCUUGCAGUGAGGAAAGCCACUUCUUGAAAGCCCCUUCCAGGGUUAGCAGCAGCCUACACCUCCUUAACCUCAAAAACAGUGCCCUGGCUUCGGCAGAGAGGCUUUCAGAACCACUGGACUGCUGUGUGGAGCUGGGGGUUUCCUGCGCUUAUGGGAUUUAUGAUUUAACUGAAGAACGACUUGGGGAUGGCAGCUCAGCAGACAAUAUAGAGGCCUUCAGCGACAAAGAUGCCGACCAGAGGAGCUCCCCAGAUGUGGCCAAAAGUAAGAGCUGCUUCACUCCCGAAAGUCCUGAAAUAGUGUCUGUGGAUGAAGGUGGGUAUGUUGCCCAGAAAAAUGGAGGCAACCCUGAGAGCCGUCCGGAGAGCCCCAAGUACCACGCCGAGCAGAAUCACCUCCUGAUCGAGGGCCCAUCUGGAACCGUCUCUCUGCCCUUCAGCUUGAAAGCCAAUAGACCACCCCUUGAAGUGUUAAAAAAAAUCUUCCCCAACCAGAAGCCCACGGUGCUCGAGCUCAUCCUGAAGGGCUGCGGCGGGGACCUGGUGAGCGCCGUGGAGGUCCUUCUGUCCAGCCGGUCCUCCGUGAGCGGAGCUGAGCGAACUUCUGCAGAAGCUGAGAGCCUCGUGCUGCCCUCCAACGGGCACAUCUUCGAACACACCUUGAGCUCCUACCCCAUCUCCUCGUCCAAGUGGUCUGUGGGCUCAGCCUUCCGAGUCCCAGACACGCUGAGGUUUUCUGCGGACUCCACUAAUGUUGUCCCCAAUCCCUUGGCUGUGCCUCUGCAGCACCCUUUCCCCCAGCCGCCCCGGUAUCCACUGAUGCUGAGGAAUACUUUGGCGAGAAACCAGUCCAGCCCCUUUUUGCCCAAUGAUGUCACCCUGUGGAACACCAUGACCCUGCAGCAGCAGUACCAGCUGAGGUCCCAGUAUGUCAGUCCCUUCCCCGGUAACUCCACCAGUGUCUUCAGAAGCUCACCUGUCCUCCCUACUCGAGCCACGGAGGACCCUCGGAUCUCCAUCCCUGAGGAUGGGUGUCCAAUUGUGACAAAGCAAUCCAUUUACACGGAGGAUGACUAUGACGAGAGGUCUGACUCUUCGGACUCUAGAAUACUCAACACAUCCUCUUAAAGUGGAACUGGAUGGGAGGUGACCAGGUGACACUUCUGUGCUUUUGAACCCUGGGGUACCCCAGGAGAGGCCACAUCUAGUGUAUCCCUUUCCUUCUGUGACUGUGCUUGAUAUUCUAUACAUUAGCAAUAAAACAUAACUUAUUUAAUUUCUUGCACUUCACUGGAAAAUGCCAAAUAGCUCUGCUCUGUGGCUUUAGUGCUGAAUGUUUAUUGUAAAAGAGAGUCUAAUGCUAAGAAUAGUCUUGGGAAGGCUGGUCCAUGGGAGAUUUAUUUGGGGAUGUAAAGCUGGAGGUCAGCCUUGCUCCUAAACUCAACCUGGAAUGUUAAAUAAAUAGUAUACUUGAAUGCAGUUUUGUAAAAGGGGAUUCCUCAGGAUAUGGGAAACCUAAAGGAAGUGGUUUGGUGGCAAAUGGACUAUAAACAGGGACAUUAUAUUCUUACGCUUAAAAAAAAAAUCCUUCUUUCAUUUUAAAGAGAGCCUGCACUUCAGAACUUCAGAAUAGAGUGAACUGCUCAGGCUUGGACAGUUUUCAGAGACAAACUCCAUUAAGAAUUAUUCUUUCCUCAUGGCUGAAUUGAAACACAUGUAAUGUCAAUGUAAAACCACUCACAGCUGUGAACUGCAUGAAAUGUAUUGUGAAAUGAACACAAGAUUAAGCUUGUCAGGUUAAUGUAGCAUGCUAAGGACUCUAGAAAAAAUAAACUAAGGAGAUGA